ACUGGAUGCCAACCGCCGUUAAAAGAGAAGAAGAAGAAGAGGAAGAGGGAAUUUAUCAGUAGAAAUGACGCGAUUUACGCGUUUCUUGAAGGAUUUAAAAACGUGAAUCUUGCCUGCAAUCAGAAGUACUGCCCGCAUUUUUACCGCGAGGAGUUGACUCGUUAUUACUUCGGACUGUUUCAGCCACACACAUAAAGUGAUUGAGACCUUCAGUGAAGCUCCUCCUACAACAAUCCACCAAUAACUGCUGGAGUCAAACCCACAGAGAAAUCACUCCAUGUGUGACAACUGAAAUCUUCAUGACAUAAUGUUGAUGCUGGUGAAAGAGGAGCUUGAGAAGAUGACAGAUCCACAACCAUGCAGAAUAAAGGAUGAAGAUACUGAGGAACAAAUAGAUAUGAUGGAAGUGAAAGAGGAGAGUCAAGCUGAAGUGGAUGAGAAACAUCAGAUUGUAAAAAUAAACCAUAAUGUUUCACAGAAAGAAACUCUGAUAAUAGAAGACAUAAAGUGUGAAAUUAGUUUCAGAGAAGAUGAACGCCCUGCAGAUCACAAGAGGACUCACAGUGAGGAAAAACCUUUCACAUGUCAACAGUGUGGAAAGAAUUUCAGAAGAAAAGCUCACCUUACAGAUCACAAGAUGACUCACAGUGAGGAGAAACCUUUCACAUGUCAACAGUGUGGAAAGAAUUUCAGAAGAAAAGCUCACCUUACAGAUCACAUGAGGAUUCACACUGGAGAGAAACCUUACACAUGUCAACAGUGUGGAAAGAGUUGCACCUUUAAAACGAACCUUAUCCGGCACAUGAAAACUCACAGUGAGGAGAAACCACACGAGUGCCAUCACUGUGGAAAGAGAUUUAUAACUGCAUGUGAUGUUAAGAUGCAUUUAAGAAUUCACACUGGAGAGAAACCUUACACUUGUCAACAAUGUGGAAAGAGUUUCAGAGUUGAAAGUAGCCAUAAAAUACAUGCAAGAAUUCACACUGGAGAGAGACCGUUCUCUUGCCAUGAGUGUGAUAAAGGUUUUAGAAGUAAAAGUAGCCUUAUAACACACAUGACAAUUCACAAAGGAGAGAAACCUCACGCGUGUUUUCACUGUGGAAAGAGUUUUAUUGUGGAGUAUCAACUUAAGAGACACAUGAAAACUCACAGCGAAAAGGAACCUCAUGCAUGUCUUCAGUGUGAAAAGAGUUUCAUAGAUAAACGUGGACUUGAGAUUCACAUGAGAAGUCACACUGGAGAGAAACCUUACAUAUGCUCUCAUUGUGAGAAGGGUUUUACAAGUGAAGGCGCUCUUAAGAAACACCUGAAAGUUCAUACUGGAGAGAAACCGUUCACUUGUCAAUACUGUGGAAAGAGUUUUACAGUAAAACGUGAUCUUAAUGCACAUGUGAGAAUUCACACUGGAGAGAAACCAUACGUGUGUCAUCAGUGGGGAAAGAGUUUUGGGACAAAACCAAACCUUAAAGUACAUUUGAUCACUCACACUGAAGAGAAACCGUUCUCAUGCCAUGAGUGUAAAAAGAGUUUCAAAACAAAAGCUUAUCUUAAAAAACAUGCAAAAUGUCACCCUCAAUAGUGUCAACAGUGUGAAUAUGGCAACAAAGUAUAGAAAUGCUGAGGUCUUAUUAAAGGAGUGGUGAAGCAAACAGCCAAUUUUUACUUGAUAAUUUGUUAUAUAAGAGAUCACCAUACUUAAAUGAACAUUCUGCAAGUUUUAGAACUGAAAACGUCCUCUUUACUGAAAUAUGACAGUUUUUGGCACCAAGCCAAGAAAACGGUAGGUUCAGGAAUGUGCCGAAAUGUGACGUCAAGUUAGAAUUUAAACACCUCCUCCACACUCAAAAUGUCAACGAGCACUUUUGUAGCCCCGCCCACAACUUUGCGUGACAUGUUUGGACCAGGGCCAAAGCAAACGUAUGCGCUCAACAAUGUGUAUGUCUCAACAAUCAGUAAACAUGUCUUUUAAAGCGUAACUAAACCCCUCGUCAGAGCCUGACUCCACCUACUGGCAAUAUUUGAAAAAUGCAAGAAAAGUGGGCAGAUCCCAACGGAGAUAGAGGGGACGAACUAAGCUUGUACCAAGUGUGUGGUGAGAUCGUAACAAGGGCGUGGAGAGCUUGAAACUGCCUACGUCAAGUUAUUUUUUGGACCCAACAUCCAAUAGGAAAAUUCAACUGCAGUAGCCACCGUUCAACCUGAAGAGGGCAGCACUCAGACAUUUUUACACCAUAUAUUGCAGUAUUGAAACACUUUAUAUCCAAAUGUCAAAAAACUUACUAAAAUCAAUGAACAGUGCUAAUAAAGCAUAAUUUUUACAGAUCAUUAACUAAAAAAAGUUGGUUUAGGGUUAAGUUACUCUUUAAAAAUUGCCAAAUGUAACCAAAAUGACUUUUAAAUCAUUUUUCCUGAGAGACUUUUAUUUUGACACAGUGAUCUGUUAUGAGUACCAAUGGAAACGGAGUAUUCAUAACAUUAUCACGAAGGUUCGGAACCUAACUUUACGAAUGCGUGGAUGAAGUUUGUUUUUAAAGAAGUUAAAAGUGUGGGGAGUGUUUGUUUACUUUUUAAAAUUUGGAUUUAUUUGUAAAGAUGCCUAGCCUGGGUUUCCCCAUCCUGCCUUACGCGCAAAUGUAUUCACGCUGCAAGUCUAGCAUGGCAACUAUGGGCCUUUUUUGCCCUUGAAAUAUGGAACCAAUCACAGAACGGGGAGGGGCAGCAAGACGAUGACGACGUAAUGUGACACACCAAAGCAGUUUUGUUAUUUGUUAUAACGCAGCAACAGAUGCGAAGUUACUUUUCACUUUACUUUAAGUAGUUUUGAACGCAAGUUUAUAAAAUAAAAUAAAAAAAACUUUUGGCAUUAAACAAUUUCAUAUCAAAGAAGGAUGUUUGGAUACGGUAAGACAGAGUUUUAUAGGACCGACCUGCUAGGCAUUGUCGUCGACAAAGUAAAAUUAACUUAUAAAUGGUAAGUGGUAUUUAUUGCUAUCAUAUUGUCGUUAUGCAUGUAUUGUGGUUGUCACAGUGCCACUAAAUUGUGUUGCUUUUCAAUACAAUAUACAGCGGUUUAGUUGCAUAGCUCAACCGAUAAAAGUCAUUUACGUUUGAAUUAAUGUCGCUCUUCACACAUUAUCUGGUAUAAUUGUAACGAUUGGUUAUGAGCUACGUACAGACGCAUUUGAUAGACAUUCAUAGCCCCAAUAAACGGCUCUGAGCAUUCGUAAACCACGCCUCAAAUACGAGAAAAUGAGCAUAUGGUUCCCAGACCACGUCUCAUUCUCUAUGAUACUGGUCUGGUGUUAGCCAGGCUAAAAGAAGCCACAAGUCGAUGCUGGAUUUGGAGAGAGACUGUGGAGGAUCCUUCCUUUUUCAGACAUUGAGACCAGAGAUUCCGAUAUUGCUUGUGUUUUACGCGACAUGUAAGUUGUUUUGAUUCAUAACCCUUUAAAAAUCACAAGAUUAGUGUGUCGACUUUAGUCAGUGCGUCUUCCCACGGACGAUAUAGUGCAGGUCAAGAGGUAUUUUACUGCAAUAUAACAUAACGCAACAUUCAAUGAUGUCAUGUCAAAAUGGUCAUUUUCAGACACUUACUAAUAGUAGAGUUUGAUAGAGUUUGGUACUGUACAGUGUAGCUAUAAUAAUUUUACAUCAUAACCUCACAAUAAGAUUUGUACUGUCAAUAGAUUAUGUGAAAAAUCAUUGUGGAUUGUAAGUUUGUUGAUCUGAACACCUAAUUCUGUGCUGUGUUAGCACAGCAUCAAAUUGCACUAAUACUGUAAUAUGGCUAACAAUUUCAUUUUGAACAUUACAUGAAACCUUACAUAAUGAAAUAAAACAAUGUCAUCAAACGCAACAUUGAUAGAACUUGAUUACUUGAACUCAACCGCUGAACGAGAAUUCAUGUUGACGGAUGAUGUAAAGACAACAAAUCCCAUAAUUCCACACUGCUUCAGAGCGUCAUUAAUCUGCCUGAUUAUUAUUAUUGUUUUCAUUGUUUUGGCGCCCUUUACAAAUUGCACCUUUAAUAGAGCUGUUAACAGAUCCUUCAUGAAAUGUUUUUGUUUCAGUCACAUCAGUGUUAAUGGAGCUGUUGAUAAAUCUCAUUAUUCCAGACUGAUAGUUCUCAUUUACACCCAAUUAUUACAGUGAUUUCCUAAGAUCUCAUAAAUUUAUUCACAAAGCAGUUGUAACCCUGAUGUAUAUAUUUGUCAUUUUGUAUAUUUACUGAGGGUGAAUGUAUGAUAAAAUGUUUUAUUUUAUAUUUAUUUUGAAACGUGUUGUUCUGUUUAAUAUGUAUUUUUUUUUACUUUCCUAUAUUAGAGUUUUGUUGAGAUGUGCAUGUGAAAAACGUGUCUAACAUCAUUUUGGGUUGUUAGUUGAUGUGCAGUGGCAAAAUAAGAGACUGGAACGUUUGUGAGCCAAUCAAAUUUUCCUAGGGAGGGUUUUGAGGAUGUUCAGAGAGAGAACAGAGACAUUUGAGGUAACAUAAGGGAACGUGAGGGAGAAAUUAUGAAUGGAUAAAAAAGUAGUGUAUAGGAAAAAGUAAGAGAAUAUUUAGGAAAUGUUAUCAAAUGUAUUUAUUGGAAUAUUUGUGUAUGUGUGUAUUUGAGCUAAUGUGGUUUUAUUUACUGCUCCGGAGCAGAGGGGGCGGUAGUGCGCCUAUAAACUGGAUGCCAAUCGCCGUUAAAAGAGAAGAAGAAGAGACAAGACGAGAGAAAUUUAUGAGGAGAAUAGACGCGAUUUUCUCGUUUCUUUGAGUAUUAAAAAACGAGAAUCUUGCCUGCAAUCAGAAGUACUGCCCGCAUUUUUACCGCGAGGAGGUGACUCAUUAUUACUUCGGACUGUUUCAUGUAAGUUUGGAGAAUAGGGGCUACACAAAUGUUUGUGAUUUAAAUAGGAUGAGGCUUGUAAAAUGCAGGUGUAAAAUACUAAGUACUGUUGCUUUUAAAAGGACAUUUUCAAGGAUGCA